AACGCGAUACGGACUGGAGCAGCGCAGGGAGGCCAUUGCCUGACGUGGAAGGUGUCGGGAAGGGGGAAACAAACUCAGCCGCUGAGGAAUCGGUGAAGGUUCAGUCUGUCGUUUUUCAGAACCCCGCGACGGCACAAUGAGUCUGGAUAAAGCUAACCUCUGUGACUCGCUGUUAACCUGGUUGCAGACAUUUCAGGCUCCAUCAUGUGAUGGCAAGCAGGAGCUAACAAGUGGAGUGGCCAUUGCUCACGUGCUCCACAGAAUAGACCCCUCUUGGUUUAAUGAGACCUGGCUCGGCAGGAUCAAGGAGGACAGCGAAGCUAACUGGCGCCUGAAGGUCAGCAACUUGAAGAAGAUCCUGAAAAGCAUGCUGGAAUAUUACCACGAUGUGCUUGGUCAGCAGGUCUCGGAUGAGCAUUUACCAGAUGUGAGCCUCAUCGGCGAGAUGGGAGAUGUGACUGAGCUGGGAAAGCUGCUGCAGCUUGUAUUGGGCUGUGCUGUCAGUUGUGAAAAGAAGCAAGAGCAAAUCCAGCAGAUUAUGACACUUGAGGAAUCUGUCCAGCAUGUUGUGAUGACAGCCAUUCAGGAGCUUUUAGCAAAAGAACCUUCAUCUGAACCAGGAAGUCCAGAGACUUACGGGGACUUUGACUACCAGUCCAGGAAGUAUUACUAUCUGAGCGAGGAACCAGAUGAGAAGGAGGACCUAAUCCAGCGCUGUAAAGAUCUUGAACACCAGCUGUCGCUGGGUGUGGAGGAGAGGUCGUCCCUGCAGGCCGAGAUCCGUUCCAUGAGAGAGAGGCUGAGCCGCAGCGACUCUCUGGACGCCUCUGCCACGGCCAUCACCGGCAAGAAGCUGUUGCUGCUGCAGAGUCAGAUGGAGCAGCUGCAGGAGGAGAAUUACAGGCUGGAGAACAGCAGAGAUGACUUGCGCGUACGUGCAGACAUGCUGGAGCAGGAGGUGGCCGACCUGCAGCACAGGAACGAAGAACUGACGAGUCUGGCGCACGAAGCCCAGGCGCUCAAAGAUGAGAUGGACAUCCUCAGACACUCGUCUGACCGGGUGAACCAGCUCGAAGCACUAGUAGAGACCUACAAGAGGAAGCUGGAAGAUCUAGGAGACCUGCGCAGACAGGUGCGCCUCCUGGAGGAGCGAAACACCGUGUACAUGCAGCGCACCUGCGAGCUGGAGGAGGAGCUACGCAGGGCCAACUCCGUUCGCAGUCAGCUGGACACCUACAAGAGACAGGCUCAUGAGCUUCACACCAAGCAUGCAGCAGAGGCCAUGAAGGCUGAGAAGUGGCAGUUUGAGUUCAAAAAUCUUUACGACAAAUACGACGCACUGCUGAAGGAGAAAGAACGUUUGAUUGCAGAAAGAGAUUCUCUGCGGGAGGCGAACGAUGAACUGAGGUGUGCGCAGGUCCAGCAGGGCUAUCUGAGUGGAGCAGGAGACUUGACUGACGGCGAUGUCACUGUGGGAAACCUGGCUGCAGAGAUUAUGCCUACAGAGCUAAAGGAAACCGUUGUACGUCUACAGAGCGAGAACAAAAUGCUGUGCGCUCAGGAGGAGACCUACCAACAGAAACUUGUCAAGGUCCAAGCGGAGCUAGAAGAGGCUCAGCGCAGCAAGAAUACCCUGGAAGCUCAGAACAGGUUGAACCAGCAGCAGAUCGUGGAGCUCCGUUCUCAGGUGGAAGAGCUCCAGAGAGCGCUGCAGCAGCAGGACAGCAAGAACGAGGACGCCAUCUCAUCCUUACUGAAGAAAAAGCUGGAGGAGCAUCUGGAGAAACUCAACGAAGCUCACUCAGACCUGCGAAAGAAGCGAGAGGUCAUAGACGACCUGGAGCCUAAAGCCGACAGCAACAUGGCCAAGAAGAUUGAUGAACUCCAGGAGAUCCUUCGGAAGAAAGACGAGGACAUGAAACAGAUGGAGCAACGAUGCAAAAAAUACAUGGAGAAAGCCAGAACGGUGAUUAAAACUCUGGAUCCGAAGCAGCCGGCUCCGACUCCUGACAUCCAGUCUCUGCAAAACCAGCUGACGGAAAAGGAAAGAAGAAUCCAGCAUCUGGAGCAUGAUUAUGAAAGGAGCAAAGCCAGACAGAACCAGGAGGAGAAACUCAUCAUCUCUGCCUGGUAUAACAUGGGCAUGGCUUUGCAUCAGCAGGUGUCUGAAACGCGGCUGGGACCCUCCAACCAGGCCAUGUCUUUCCUGGCCCAGCAGAGACAGUCCACCAACGCCAAGAGGGGCCUGAUGCGACACCAUCCCAGAUGAGAGGAGACCUCCAGGCAGGACGCUUCUCUGAGAUCAAGCAAAGGCGGGAAGAUUGAGACUCCCUCUGAACUCUCUGCACCUUUACCUCGAUGCCUUCGCUGGAUGUUUUCUUCCACUCUCAUGCUGCUACUGCCCCCUGCUGGCUGUUAACACGCCUCAGUGGAGUCUGCCACUGAGAAUCACAGACAGGAAUGGAGACGUGCAUAAAGCUGGGGGAUUUUAUUUUUUUUUUUUCACCUUUUCAGGUGAUUUUUGUUUUUUCUGUAACCUGUUUUCAUCGUUUUAUAUUCAAUUAUAGGAUAAAGAGCACUAACAGAGUAGGUUAAGUCAGUUUUAAUACGAUGAAGGAUGUUUUAUUCGAAACAAAGUGGACUGAGAUCCCUUCGCUUUGUAUUUUCUCCAGUUCUUUUAGUUUUGUUGGUUUUAGUUUGUUUUCAAAGGAAGGGGGCCGCAGUUAUCAGGUUGUGGUUGGGAAACAUUACGCGUUCACUUGAAUCUUUUCCCCUGAAACAGGAUCCUCCUACUAAGAACUCUUUGGAGGUUUUAUCUCAGACACUGCAGCACUUUUGUUCUUCUUAGAAAGCUGGAUUUAUUUGGUGCCUCUCAGAAGGAUAUUGAUCAACCGCUUUUAUUCUUAAAUCACUGAUUUAUGGUUGUGUUUUAUGUUCAUAUAAUCUGUUGGUUUGUAUUCUCAACACUGUGAUUUAGUUAUUUUUUUCCGUUCUUAUCAAGCUAAUGGUUAGAACAGGGUAUCUUGUAUGACUUGCUGCUGGAGUCUGAAUGAGAAAACUACUGAUUAGGAGUUCAUUUUAGGCUUUUUUCUGCUGCUAAGCCUCAUUCACACCGAAGGAGAAGCACGUAACGCUUGAACCUUCAACGUUUUCUGACAGGAAGCGAGUGGCAGAUAAAAGACAGAGCAUGCGACACGUAGCGCAUCGAUCAAACACUAAACCUGCCUUUUCUUUACAUUUUGUUUUUUUUAUCUAAUCUUUUUGCUUUUUUUUCUUGUCCCAAAAUCAGGACUUGCAGUCUUCUUACUUGUUAAUGUGCCGUCAUCUACGCAGGCCACCAUCCUUUUCUUGUGCAUGUUAUUUUUUUUUUUCUUUGGGGUUUAUUCAUUUAAAGGUUAUUUAUGAGUUAAAGUUGUAGCUAUAUAGCAUUUGCAUGGUGUGGAGGGGGUUCUGCAUGCGUUUGUCACACUGUGGUCUGCUAGAUGCGGUUCUACAAUAGAGAUCUGAGGCAAGUCUGAGAGCUGCUGUCCUUUUCUACUGCUGCAGCGCAAAUAAACUGGAUCUAAAGAUGAUCGCAUCUGUUUGAU